AUGGCCACCAACUUCACAUUCGCGACACAAAGUUCUCACCCCAAGUCACGUCGCUUCCGCUCGCGGAAAGCUUGCGAUGAUUGUCGACACAGAAAGAGACGAUGUCAACACCAACUACCACGAGGCUCUUUGAGUCAAUCCCCGCAUCCACAGAAGCUGGUGUGGAUGGAUACCAAUUCGAUACCAGAGUCGGAUCAUAGCACGGAUGUUAUCUCAGGGUGGACAGACCACAGAGAGAUACCCAGGUCGUCCAACCAUCAGCCGAGCGAGGAUAGGCGGGAAAAGAUCCAACCUCAAGGAGAACAACUCGAAAAUCAACCACAAGAGGAGGAACCCGAUGAACAGUCAAAACUGCAGAAGCUCAGAUCCGAUUCUAGUGUCAGUCCACCCACACCGCGCUUUGUGGGAGACUCGAACCCGGAGGCUCGACUUCUCGAUGAACACCACUCCCCCGAAGAUGCACAGGAGACAAAUCCUGGCAAAGUCGGGGUUUGGAUCCAGCCAGGACCAAAAAGCCCGAUUAGAAACACUAAUAAUCCAUGCUUCCCGCCAACUCAAUACUCUUCCCCGAAGAGAGGUCUAUGUCGCUCCCAGAACCCCGUUUCAGAUCUCCUGUCUGACAAUACUAUCAAAGUGCUGUCUGGUUUCUACUUUGCCAACAUGCACCCGAUAAUCCCGCUUCUAAACGAAGAAGAGUAUUGGCAGUCGCUUUCCCGGGGCACUAUUCCCAUGCCAUUGGUGCACGUUGUAUGCCUCUUGGCUGCCAAAGACAAUGGCGCCGAGAAACAUUUGAAGCUUCUGCAAGGUAGAGACACCAUCGUACCAGUGCGGAAAUUUUGCAGCCAAUUAUACGGCUCUCUCUCCGCCCUAUCUCGACAUACUAUAAAGAAAACUACCAUGAUGCGAAUCCUUGGUCUGCUCUCCUUGCACCAGGAAGGGAGCGAUGGAGUAGAAGAAGCCUCUGGCUGUAUCGCUCAGGCUAUACACUACGCCCAGUCUCUGGCACUGCACUUGCCGCGUCCAAAUGAUGGGGAUGGUGACUUGAAGCGAGCAUUUUGGUGCCUUUGGACCCUAGAUCGACUAAAUGCCGCAACCAACUCGAGACCGUGCGUUAUGGCAGACAUGGAUAUCGCAGUCUCUGACUUAACCCCUCAAGAGUCUGGGUUUGUCGCAUUCAACGUCUUGUUUCGAAUCGCGAAAAUGCUUAACAAGGUCAUUGGACUCUACCGGCCCAAACUCGAAGAAACCCCCUCCGGGUGGGAUUCGGGGUUCCCGGGAUUUGAGCACAUUAUGAGCGAAAUGGACGCAUGGAGACUUGAUCCAUCUACUAUCGCUACCUUGCACCUUUUCUUCCUCGCCACUGCAAUCCUCGCGCACCGGCUGAAAACCAUCACCACACUGCCCUCACCUACCCCAGCAAGACUGCGACAGCAGCUUUCUGCAAUUCAGGUCGUUCGUUAUAUGCAAGACCCAACCCGGCGGAACGCAUUGCAUCCGUUCCCAAUUGUCGUUUACGCAACUUCUCUUGCAUUGUCUGUUUCUUACCAGCAAUUGCGGUACAGUCGCGUAUUUAGCGACCAGGAGGAUGCUCGCCAGGAUUUCAACACAGGGUGUGAGGUCUUGCAAGAGCUGCGCCGAAAAUGGGGUUCCGCCGAUGCGAUGGCAGCCUUGGCAAAUAGAAUCUCCGGUGCAGUCGACCAACUACCAUGUCUUGACAUACUUCGAGUGAACCGAUCCGAUAGGGCAAAGAGUGAUAGUGACCUAGCCGAAAAUCUCACAUCGAUGGUCGACCAACAGCCGACAGAUUUGUCAAUGGCUGAUUGUUCGGCAGAUUCUCAGACAGCCAUGUCUCGCCUGGAAACAAUGAACCUGUUUGCAGGCAUGGAUGACGUGUCUUGGAUGUAUUUAGACGCAGAAAAUCCGGUUAGCUUUGAUAGUUUCCCGGUGGAAUUCGAGGAAUUGUACAGUGUCUGGUAA